AUGAUAGGAACCGGUGACGAUCAACUUUCAAAGUUCCCACCUUUGCCUUUAUCGACAUUAUCAUCUGACCACGAGAUUCAUGAAGUAAGGAAAUCCUUCUUCUAUAUAUAUGUGGUCAACUGGUUAUCUAACCACAAAGCGUAUUUGAGGUUAUCAUCGGAAUAUUUUGAUAUUGAUUUGUUUGAGAUGGAACUAUUAAACUUAUUCAACCCUCCUCCUUUGGAUGAAUCAGUACUUUUCUUAUCCAAAUUGAAGGUCUCCAUAGUUAAUCAAAUCUCCGGUAGUAGAGAUAUGGACUUUGAUGAUGUAAUUAAGAAAUCUUUCAUUGGUACACCUUUAGAAUCGAGCCAUUUCGAUAAUUUAUCAUUGAUUGAUAAAUUUGAAGUAUUUUACGUGAUUUUAGAUCAUUUUAGUGGAUUGUCCACCUUCAGAUCGUUCAUAGAGAAGAAUGAUUUACCAACAAACUUUCAAAUCUUAAAUACCGAAGUUUCUGAUAAUGUUAAAACUGAAUGGUUUUUGAUUAUUGAUAAAUUAUACAAAAGAACCAUUACCUAUCCAAAUAUGAACGUUCCAUUAAAGAGAAAAGAUUCCCCUGAAGAUCCAGAGACUUUUUUCGUCAAUCAGUUUGAUAUCUCCUUACAACAAAUGACAUUUGAUAUAGAAGUAUGGAGUCUUGAUGAUUAUAAUAAAUUCAUUCCCAGUUUAAAGAAAUCCACACCAUUUAAACAUUUCAAAACCCUUGAAUUCCAAGAUUUCUUAGUAGGUUUAGAACUCAAGAGAAGAAAGAAUAUCACCAAUAAGAAGAAAGAAUAUCAAUUGAUUAAUUUAAUGGCUACAAGAAAGAAAUCAUCUCGUUUACAAGCCAAAGAACUCGAGAGAGAAACAGCUGAUAUUCAGACUCGUUCAAGAAGAGAACAAGAAUUUCGUAAAGCUUUAGAUCUGGGGAAAGUUAAUAAAAGAUUGAAUUAUAAUGGAUCAUUAAGUAGAGAAGAUAGAUUAAAAGCUAGAAAUUUAAAUACAGCAUUUUUUAAAGGUGAAACUACACCUGAAGAAUAA